CCCGAUCCUCAAGGAGCUCUUAUCAUCAUUCCUCACAUCCGCUAUGGACGGCUCCGACGGCGCCGCCGUCCCUCCGCCGCUGGCGGCCGAGCUUGAGGGGGCUGAGGAUCUCAUUCUUCACUGGGACUCGACGUUUUCGCCGUCAUGCAAUCGAAUGGUAUUCGACGGCGGCGACCGUACAGACGCCGUUAGUAACUCCCCAGCCGGCGCUCGAAGCAGCCCUAAGAUGUCGCCGGCGCCGGUGAGCAAUAUUCAGAUUGAAAUCUUGCGUCUCGAGGACGAGUUCCGCCACAUACUAGUCUCCAGGGCAAGCAACUUCGAGAUAAACUCGCUCGUUGAACUGGGUUCACUCUCUCUCGACCGGUCCAGGUCUGGUGACCGGAUGCAAGAACUAUCUGACGCCGACGCCGACGCCGAAGACGAGAGUUUCCAACGUCAAAGGAGUGAAGGGAGCAGUAGUAACCACGCGACGAGCUACCGCUCCACGAGUAGCAUCCGUGAGAUUGAUCUCCUACCUCCCGAUGCGGUCAACAAACUCCGAAACAUUGCCGAUCGGUUGAUCGCCGCCGGAUACGACCGCGAAUGCUUUCAAGUGUACGGUGGCGUCCGUAAGUCCGUUGUGGAGCUCUGUUUCAAACAUUUAGGGAUCGAGAAGCUUAGCAUCUGUGAUGUCCAGCGGCUGGAGUGGGGCAAUUUAGAGUCCAAGAUCCGUCGAUGGAUUCGCGCAGCUAGGGCUUGCUUUCGGAUCAUAUUCGCCAGCGAGCGCCGCCUCUGCGAUCAGAUUUUUGAUGGCCUGUCUGGAGACGAUACCCCCUUCGUUGAAUCGGUGAAGAGCGCGGCUAUUCAACUUCUGAGUUUUGCUGAGGCCAUCAGCAUUGGCCGCCGCUCUCCAGAGAAGCUCUUUAAGGUCCUUGAUCUCCAUGACGCUCUUACGGAUUUGCUUCCUGACAUCGCCAUCAUAUUUCAAUCCAGAGCUUUGGAAUCAAUAAACACGCAGGUUGUGGAGAUCAUCGCCAGGCUUGCCGAAUCUGUUCGAGGAAUCUUAUCAGAGUUUGAGAGUGCAAUUCUCAGAGAACCCUCGAAAAUUCCUGUUCGUGGGGGUACCAUUCACCCGCUUACGAGGUAUGUCAUGAACUACAUCAGUCUUAUUUCGGAUUACAAGCAGACUUUGACUCAGCUGAUCAACUCGAGGCCACCAGCAGCUAAUCUGUUGCUCGGCAAUAACUCCGGCGGCGUUUUGCCUGAUAUGGAGUUGCCGGAGCCAGUAAACCAAUCACCUCUUGCUUCCCAUUUAAUCUGGAUAAUAUAUAUACUCCAAUUCAACAUUGAGAAUAAAGCACAGGAAUACAAGGAUGCUUCCCUUUCCCAUCUCUUCUUAACCAACAAUUUACAUUACAUUGUUCAAAAGAUUAAGGGAUCAACGGAGUUGAAUGAAGUGAUUGGAGAUGAAUAUCCGAGGAAAUUGACAGCGAAGUUUCGGCAACUGGCAACUAGCUAUGAGAGAACAACAUGGAUGAAAGUUCUGUACUGCUUGAGAGAUGAGGGCUUACAUGUAGGAGGAAGCCUUUCAUCUUCUGUUUCAAAAUCUUCCCUCAGAGAGAGAUUCAAAGCUUUCAAUGCUGCAUUUGAGGAAGUUCACAGAAGACAAUCGAUAUGGUCCGUGCCGGAUUCUCAGCUAAGGGAGGAACUAAGAAUUUCAAUAUUAGAAAAGUUGUUACCAGCUUACAGAUCCUUCUUGGGAAGAUUCAGACAUCAUAUAGAGAGCGGGAGACACCCAGAGAUGUAUAUUAAGUACUCAACUGAUGAUCUUGAGAUAGCUUUGGCUGAUCUUUUUGAAGGGUGCCCACCUCCUUUGCUUGGUAGGAGAAAGUCCCAUUGAUGGUUCUUUUCAGUCUAAUGAGAUUUGCAGAAACUAUUCUUUUAAUCUUUUUGGGAUGUUUUCAAGUGCUGUGGUUUUAGGGAGGUGAAGAAUGCAUUCUGUUUAUUGAAAAAUCUUAAUCAAAAACAUUUUUUGGGCAAUGAAAAUUGCAGGCGACUGAGUCAUUUUUUUGAAGUUGCAAGUCACUAGAGCCCCUGUAAAGUUUCUUCUGUAAGUUUUUUGUUAAAUAUUCAUUUUUUUUUCUGUUGAGCAAGUUCGUUCUUUUAUAUAUAUAUUGGAUGCAUUUUCCUAUAUUUCUCAAGAAGUUUUAAUUUUGUAUAAUUUAUAGUGAAGAAAUUAAUUUAUUGAUGAA